ACUACAUUAGAAAGAGGGUGUUAUUUUUGGGAUCACAUGGGUCUUCCCUAGGUAUUUUCACACUCAGCCCAAGCUGAGAACCAGGGAUACGGUCUGCCCAGUUUCCCAUGCUUUCUACACUGUGGGAUAAUGACUUAUUACCUGUCAGAUCUAAGGGGGCCUGGGACUGUCCUACAGGAAAAGGCUGGACAGAGCCUUUGUUAUUUUCAUGCAACCCCACCCUGACUCAACCAAGAUAGUGUGGGCUAAUGGAAUUUCAUUGUCAGAUGGUUAAGGAUCUACAGUUGGUCUUGGAUGCAGGAAGCGAAAUAGCCUGGCUUUAUUAGAUUGUUUGAAACAACCCCACCCUAAAUCUGGAGGGAAUAGUAUGUAGACGUUCCUGGAUAAGUUGGGCUUUACAAACUACUCGUAUUCGACCUUGUAGACAGGUUAAUUAGUGUUUUUUAAUCAUGGCCACCGCUUCACCCAUGUAGGACAUCAGUCUUAAUAGUGUUAUAGUAAGGACUAAUUCACUGUAUAACUGGUCAUAUUAUUACUGCUUGAUAGUAAAGAUCCCCUUAAAUAAACAUCCUAAUCUUGUUUCACUGUGAGAUUUAUUUGAAAUAUGAGACUUCAAGUUCAAUUCUUCAAGUGCACUGUACUGUGCCUGUAACUCCUGUUUUGCCAGGGGAAAAACAGCAAUGUUCUAUGGACCCAUCGACUCCGGGCUUGGACCUCUGCCUAGUGGCCUCAGAGGAAGGCAGACAGACUGAUAUCUGGGUGUCAGGGAUUCUUGGAGGCCUGCGGUCCAACUAAGUUUAGUUGGGAGUGAAAGAGGAGAAGGAGCCUGUACUGUACAAGACUCACAUCACUCUAGGUGACCCGUCUCCUGACUGAGUGGGGUUAGCAUGGUAUGCUGCAGAAUGGCAAGAAGUUUGACUCUUCUCGAGACAGAAACAAGCCCUUCAAGUUCAAGAUUGGACGACAGGAAGUCAUCAAGGGUUGGGAGGAAGGAAUUGCACAGAUGAGCGUUGGCCAGCGGGCGAAGAUCACCUGUACACCAGACAUGGCCUACGGAGCCACAGGCCACCCCGGAGUCAUCCCUCCUAACGCCACCCUCAUCUUUGAUGUAGAGCUCCUUAAACUAGAGUGAGCCACACUCUCUUUCUGAGGUCAGGGAUGAAAGGUCAAACAGGGCCCGAAUGGUCCCUCGCCACAUCAUCCUUUGAGGGGGAGGCACUAUUGAGCAACCAACCCACCCCCGUCUGCUCCUUUUUGUUUUUUAGCAUCCUCAACUUCUCAUCUCUUAAAACGUGCUGUUAUGUUGCCAACAUUGUGUCACUCUAGAUGGAUUCUUCUUGCCACUAAACCAAUUCGAGACAUUUUAAUCACUGAUACAAUAGUUUGGCUUCCUCUUCAUGUUUUAAAUUUUUUAUUAUGUCCAUGAGCCUUGUUUUUUCCUAAUUUUUUCCCUUUGACUUUAGGUUGUACAUUUUAUUGACUCUGGGUACACAGAAACAUAGAACCAUCAGAUGAAUACCAUGAUAUGUUGCUAUAAAUAGUCACUGCCUUCCGGUUGUUUAUAGCUCAAAGUGUAACAUUACCACAUCUCAGGGUUCCUCAACUCUGGUUCUGGAGAGCUACCUGGAGCGGCAAGUGGAUUAAGUCUUUUGUUUCAGCCCAGGACCAAUGCAGAUAGUAGUGCUGGUCUGGUUUGAAAACCCCAGACACUCCAUGUAGGUCUCCAGCACAGGAGAUGGAGAACCCUGUCAUAUCACGACUGGGCAUUACCACCCACUGUCUACACUGCCUCUUUUGAUGUCUUUCCUGCUGAAAGCUUUAAGGGUCAGGAGUUUUCCUUGACCCUAAGAUCUGAUCUGGGAAUGCCAGGUAACACUACAGGUGAAUGACAAAUCACCCACUUGGCCCCUCUUAACUUUAUUUGCGCAUUCCCGAUUUGCAAAAGUACCCUGAAGAAGUGUCCUAACACUAAGGGAGAGAAAAGUAUUCAGGGUCUUUGGGCCCAUUUGAAGCUCCAUUGGCCCCUUCAACCAAAUCUGUGACACAGCGCACUUCAUAGGAAUCCCAUAAGGUGCUGCGUUAUUUUACAGUUUCUGCAAUUUCACACAAACUAAUAACAAGUGUGUCCUGAAGUUUAUGGGUUUAUUGACCCCAUCAUCACACUCUGUAAGUCACUUUAGGAGUUCAGUCAAAAACAUGAGAGACAAUAUAGCCCUUCAAGAAAGAUUGUACAGGGUGGUUUAUGAUUCACAUGUAAUACUAUGGCUAUAACUAGGCCCUUUGAGUUGGUCAGGUAGAAAUUAUGAAAAAAUUAUGAGGUAAUUAUAAUUGAUUUCCUGUGUUUAGUACAUUUUGUAUCCCUUGUAAAGAGUUACUUUAAGAACACCACAGAUAUGCACAAAUGAAGGAAAUCAGGAACACAAAUCAGUACUGUACAUUACUAUAACCUGUGAGUAUUAUGACAGUUUAAUUAAUGAACUCUUAAUAAAGAUUGUGAGAAUGGUGUUUAUUUAUAAUCUGUGAAUGUUUGUUAUGAAGUUAAAGCAUUUUAUCCCUUAAUUUAACAGAGUAAAUUGACUUUUUGAACAGUCAUCAACGGAACAAAUUCAUAAUAGACAAUUCUAAAACCUUCCCUUGAAGAAAACCAAUCACACACAAAAUAACCCCACCGAAGAGACAUUGCCAUCUUGUGGUGGCAAAGCAGAAAUCAACAUAUUAUACACUUGGGACGAACAUAUAUAUUCAGAGUGAGUCAUACGUCUCUACCCGGUUUGGCCACUACCAUUUUACAUGUAUUUGAUCGCAGGCAAAUCUUUCUUGCAAAACCUUCUCAAACGCUAUAAAUGGAAAUUCAUUGAAACAGACGUUAUUCUUAAUUCUAGGGAAGAGACAUGUUUGUCUACAUAAUAUUGUAUCUGAACGUUCCAGAAAAUAAAAACAAAUUGAACUCAA